AUGAAUCAUUCUCGUAUGAGUUCUGAUUUAGUUACUGAUUUGAUUGUUGAAGGUGUUCAUGAUAAUCCAUUGACACGUCCAGAUCAUGUUGUUUGGGAUUUUAAGUUAGGGUAUGGGCUGAGAGUUAGUUAUCGUCAAGCUUGGUUGGGGUUAGAGAAAGCAAAAUGUGAGAUUUUUGGAGACUACUUAAUGUCAUUUGACCAGUUAAGAUGGUAUGUGGAUGUUGCAAAGAGUUGUAAUCUAGGGAGCUACAUUAAGUUUAAGUGUAAUGAUGAUACUAAACGGUUUAAGAGAUUAUUUGUUUCUUUUCAUGGUUCCAUUAGUGGAUUUGAUUAUUGUCGAUCUCUCUUAUUCCUUGAUGGCACAUUUUUGAAGGGAAGAUUUAGAGGAAAUUUACUUGCUGCCACAGGAAAAGAUGGAAAUCAAGGGUUCUUUCCUGUUUGUUUUGUAGUUGCUGGCUCAGAGAAUCAAGAUAACUGGCAUCGUAACCUUGGAUUAGUUGAAGUAUUGCCAAAGGUUUUCCCAAUGACUUUCCAUGCUUAUUGUUUAUAUCAUUUGAAGAUGAACUUGAUGCAUCAUUUGCGUGGUAUGUUUCAUGGAUUGAAAGAAAAGCUGAUCACUCUGUUUGGGAAAUGUGCAUAUGCUCCAACUGACGAAACAUUUCAUCAAUGUUUGGUUGAGUUAAAGACUAAAGGUGGGUCAAGAGUUGAAAAGUUUUUAGAUGACAUACCAUAUGAUCAUUGGAGUAAUGCAUAUUUUCGAGGGCAAUGCUUUGGAGAGAUGUGGUCAAAUGUAGCUGAAUAUUUCAAUUCGUAG